AUGGAAAAUAAUAAUGUAUCAUCUGUUACAAUAAAUAUCAUUGAAAGUAACGAAAAUGAGUUGUAUAAAGGAACGGUGAAGAAUGGCUUAAAAAAACUUAACUUGAAAUAUGAAAUGGAAAUUUUAAAUGAUACUAAUACUGAUACUGUUGAAAAAUUGCACGAAGAAUUAACAAAAAAAAUAAAUGAAGAACUUGACUUGGAAGUUUUAUUAUAA